CUGAUCAAAUGGCACAUUCGCGACCUCGCCGGAUCGGAUGGUACUGUACCAUCUGUAGUAUUCCGUAUCCCUCCACCAGAUCCUAAGCUGACAGCUUACCUGAACCGUCUCCUGCAGCAAUUCGAAAAGCUGAAGAAGUUGUGGGAGAAAAAACAUCGUAUGGUUCGCUUCAACAUGGUGCUCAACACCAUGAAAACUAUUCAAGGUUGGGAUCUCGACACAUUCAAUGCCAUAGACCCUGAACAACGAGACGCAAUUAUGCGUGCACUGAAUGACGACGCUAACAAGUUACUGGCCGAGAUGGAUCCAAAUGAUCCGUUGGCCUUACGUCUGAAGGAAGAACUAAGACGUACAAACGAACACUUCUGGGAUUUGCUGAAUGCUAGUCAGAAACCACCAGAGCCCGACCACUCAAAUCUCUUCGAUGGACAAAUCGGUGAACUCCUCAGAAAGCUGGAAGAGGCCUGGAGAAAACUGAAUGAUAACGCAGGAAAGCCCAUAUCGCGAACUCCAGCAGAGCUUGAAAACGUCAUAAUGAACCACAAGUCGUUCGAAGACGCUCUGCAGGGCUUGGACGCAGAUGUUGCCAAUGUGAAAGAGCUCUUCCGACAGCUGCCCAACCCAACCCCUACCCAACGAGUCAACAACGAUAGGCUCAGUAGCCUUUGGGAAGAUCUUUGGGACUUGUCUCGCAUGUAUGUAGAAAGGAUCAAGGUCCUGGAAUCGGUCCUGAAUGGAAUUCUCGAAGUAUCUGACAUUGUCAAAGCUCACGAGAUCACCCUGAACUCGUUUGAUGACCUUCCGGCUGCUCUCGAUAAACUUCGUGGGCAUCACUCACAACUACUCGAAAUGAACAUGGUCCUUCAACAACAACAGUCUGUGAUCGACUCAUUGAACAAGAACGUGGCUCUUUUGAGACAACACGUUGCUCGCACUCGCAUCGGUCAGAGCAGUCAUCCUGAUGUCGACAGACUCGAGGACGAAGUCCAACAGUUGAAUGUUCGAUGGGAAAACGUCUGCUCUCAAGUUGCAGAGCGUCUCAAGGCUCUCUCAAGUUGCAGAGCGUCUCAAGGCUGCAGAACGUGCUCUGCAGACGCAGAUGGUUUACAGUUUGGUGAGGUACCUACAGCUCAGCUGAGGGUCAAAAACCCAUACAAAUCCUUUUCCAGGAGCGAAUACGAAAACGAGAUGGCAUGGCUCGACCGCGUGGAGGAGACGAUUAACAAGUUACGAAAACCGGAAGAAUUGCGUCCGGAGCAAUACCAACAACAGCUGGAUCUCCUGGUGGCCGAAUACGCCCAACUUCAAGAACGAACAGAAGCCAUCGAGAAUGUGAACAGAGAAGGUGGCAAAUUUAUACGAGAGGCAAAGGGCUAUGAUAGCCGUAUGGGACAGUUCCAUGACAGUAUUGUCGGGAUACAUGGACCGGCUAUCAAGCAGGAGUUCCGUCGAACUAAGCCCCAACCCAAGAAUGGUGCCCAGAUCGUCACCGAAGAAUUGGAAGCCCUUAACAGACGCUUUGCUCAGUUGAGCAGUUUAAUCCUUGAGCGGCGCAACACGAUGCAGGUUCUGAUUCAGAACUGGAAGCGUCAAAAGCAGGAAGAGGAGGACAUGAGGAAGGCUGACGAGGAAGCUAAACGACGUGCGUUUGAAGCUGCUCGUCUGAAAGCUCUUGAGGAUGCCGACAGGCUUAGAAAGGAGAGAGAAGCCGCUGAAGCAGCAAGACGUGCUGCCGAGGAGGCUGAACGGGCCAGACGAAUGGCAGCUGAGCUUGAAAGGGCCAGAUUGGCCGCUGAAGAAGCCAGAAGGCGCGAGGAAGAAGAGAGAAAGAGAAAAGAGGAUGAGGAACGACGUCGACGGGAAGAUGAGGAGAGGCGUCGGCGAGAUGAGGAGGAUAGACGUAAACGAGAGCGUGAAAGAGAGGACGAGGAAAGGCGCAGGCGAGAACGCGAGAAGGAGGAUGAGGAGAGACGCCGUCGUGAGGAAGAGGAACGCAGAAGGCGCGAAGAGGAGGACCGACGUAGACGACAACGUGAAAAAGAGGACGAAGAUCGACGCCGUCGAGAAGAAGAGGAACGCAGGAGGCGCGAGGAAGAGGAACGACGCAAAAAGAUGCCUCCUCUCAACAUUGUGCAAGGUAGCCAGAUCCAUGAAGUGGUUGGCCAAGAAAAUCCUGACGAGUUUGAGGUCAUUGGAGAUCUGCCUGGUGUGGCCAAAAUCACUGAGCAUGAAGAUGAAAUGCAAAUGUAUCAAGAAGAAACGGUAACAAAGACUCAGUUCUAUGAAAUGGAGGGAACAUUGCACAAGCAAACCGGAGAAAUCCUCACAUUCGUCGAAGCCGUCCGCCAAGGACUUCUCGAUCUCAGUGCUGGCGGUGGACAGUUCUUUGACAUUCAUUCUGGUCGCAUCAGUCUCGAAAAAGCUGUCGAACUGGGUUACAUUGACGGCACUUUCAACGAUGUCCUCAACACUCGAUAUGGUAUUCGUCAUCCAGAGACCGGUGCUGAAUUGACUCUUCUUGAGGCCAUACAGAUUGGCUUGUAUGAUCCUCAAACUAGACAUCUGUAUGACAUCCAUACUGGCGAACUACUUGAGUUGUACGACUGGGUUGCACGAAGGAUUGUUACCAUGGAUACUCAAAGGAAGCUCGUCAAAAUGGGUAUCCUAAAACUGCCACCUAUGGCCCUACAUAGUGCCAUCGACCAAGGAGUUCUCAACACGGUCUCCGGUCACUUUGUUGGAAAGUAUUCCCAUGAAUCCAUGCCUAUUAGAGAUGCUCUAUACCACGGCUACCUACAGCUCGUCUCACCGCAACAAAUCCCAAUGAUAGCCAUCACUUUAACUGAGGCUAUCAAACAGGGUUUCAUCAACGCGAAUAACGGCGAGUUUGUUGACAAAAAUACGAAGGACACGUUCACGUUGAGGGAAGCUUGCUCCAAGCAAUUCGGCCUUCUCAAUUUAUACAUUCCCGAAGUCGUGAACACUGCGGAUAACACUCGUUUGAAUCUCAAGGAUGCUAUGCUACGUAACGCCAUCAAUACUCGCAACGGGAACUUUACUGAUUUGCAGACACGACGCACGUUGUCUCUGCGAGAGGCAUAUCAAGAUGAUCUUAUCUCGAGACCAUAUUCGCUCACGGAAAUGUUCGAAAAGGAUCUCAUCGAUUCAACUAAUCACUUCAUCGAUCGUGGUACAAAGCACAGACAUACUAUUCUCGAAGCCAUUGCAGCCGGCCUUCUAGACGCUGAAGUGCGUCACAUUGUUGAUCCUGACGAGAAGGAUGUGAUUUCUAUAGCAGAGGCAAUGGAGAGGGGAAUACUUAGCGCCGAUGGAAAAAUUACUCUUGAAAAACAACAAAAGGAGUUCACCAUUCCCGAAGCUGUUAAGGAAGGACUUCUUAGCAAGCGGGUUCGUCAUAGUAUAUUCGAUGUCCGAGGCAUUCAGAACACACGCACUGGUCAGACGAUGAGCUUCAACGAGGCCUGCGAGGCUGGUGCUAUCAUACCAAAUGCUGAGCGUGUUGUCGACCUUGCCACUCAGGACAGUUACCUGAUAUCCGACCAGAAAGCGACAUCAAUCAUCGACCAGACUUUGCAUGAACUUCUUGUCAAACCCAUCGGAAUCCGAGGUGAUCGUGGUGAUUACGAUUUGAACCUAGUUCGAGCUGUAUCGAAGGGUAUUGUUGAUCAUACCAAAGCUGUCUUCUUCAACAAGAGCACAAAGCAUGAGAUGACCCCUCGUGAGGCUUAUGACGCUGGCCUCGUCAGCCUUCGUGGAGCUAUCCAGGCUGCUGCCCUCUUUGACGUUUCUCCAUCACUCAUCGCGCCAGUGAAAAAGGUAGAACACAAAAAGCGGGUGAGUCGUCCUGGACAGCCUGGAAUGGAACUUGCUUCAGACCAAGUGAAGGUUACCCUCGCAGAAGCCAUGAAGCAGGGACUGAUCGACUCACGAAACCAGAGAUUCCGCCAAGGAGACAUCGACAUGAGCCUUGACGACGCCUUGAACCAAGGCCUCAUCGACCCGUCGAGCGAAUGGAUCGUUCCAUCGAAGAGUAACGGUGUUGGUCCCACUAUCGAAGAAAAGACAACCGAAAGCGUCACUGAAACUGGACAACAGUUGGCACCCAAAUAUUAUCCUGACAAAAACAUCGAAGAGUCAGUAACUACUGUCAAGCGUGUCCGAACCACAGAGACCACAGCUCUCGGAGGACCUGGUGGAGUCUCAGUGUACAGAGCAAUUACUGGCGGCAAAGGUGCGAUGGAAGUACCCGGAAACGGCUAUCACAUCUACGAAGCAGAGCGCAAGGGUAUCAUAGAUCUUACCACGGGUAACAUCACUUCGCCAAAUGUGGAUCGCGCCAUUUCUUUCGCUGAUGGCAUUGAACUGGGCAUAAUUGACGCAUCUUCAAUUUCUGUGAAGGAUCCCAAGUCUGGACGUAUGUUGAAUGUCAGAGAAGCUCUCGAAAAGAAAGUAAUGGAACCUGACGGGUCAGUAUCACAGCAUGGCCGGACUUUGAACAUUGAAAAGGCAGUUGAGGCUGGUAUUAUUGUCAUCGAUGCUGAGCCUGUCGUACCUGCAACUGGAGUUCCAAAGAAUAUCAUUGCCAUACCAUCUGGUGGAGGCCCUGUGAUCAGUUUCCGUCCUGUUGGAGUCCCUGUUGUAGAGGAGUCUGAGCAGUCAUGGUCAUUCGACUCCACGAAGGGCGUCCUUGUGGAUCACAUGUCAGGAGAACGACUGACUCUUGAACGAGCUCUUUUGGCUGGAAAGAUUCAACCCGAGGAUCUUGCUGUUCGAGAUGCUCUUACUGGUCGUGAAAUGUCGUUCACUGAAGCGGAGAAGUGGGGAAUCAUUGACAAAAAGGGCUACUACCUGGACAAGAUUGACAACAAGCGUUUGUCAUUCACUGAAGCCGCCCAACAGCAUCGUAUUUAUCCCACUGGAGGGGUACUUGACAACGCAGGAGAUGCGAUUCAUACCUCUGUGAAGAUGCAGACAAGAACGCAAGUCGCGAAGAAACAAGCCACCUCAACUGGAACACCUCAAAUAGAGAACACGCUUGGCCGUGCACUCAGCUUGGGAUGGUACAACGCCACUGAUGGAAUGUUCACCCAUCCUGACACACAUCGUCAGAUGACCCUCAAGGAGGCCAUUAUCAAAGGACUGUUCAAUCCCUACGAUACUUCUGUAGUGGACAAGAAGAACAACAAGAGGAUGUCCUUGCUAGAAGCCAUUCAAGAAGGCAUUGUUGAUGACACUGCUGGCACCGUACUGGACACUCAGACUCAGAAGAAGCACGACUUGAAUUCAGCCCUCAAAAUGGGUAUUUUGGAAGGGAAGAGUUUCGGUGACUCCCUCGAAUCUGGACUGUUUUCUGGUCGUCUUGAUCUGGCUACGGGAAGUUACACACAGCCCAGCGGUACAUCAGUACCCCUUCAUGAAGCUCUGAAGAAAAAUCUAGUGGACCAGAGCUCAGUCGUUGUGCGAGAUCCUGCUAGCGGAACUGAAUACUCUUAUCAUGAGGCUGUUUCUCGUCGAAUUGUCGAUCCAGAGCGAGGUCUGAUCCACAACCAGCAAACGAAUGAGGCAACUAGCUUCCCUCAGGCCCUUACUACCGGUCUAAUUGCUGGAGUUGGCUCUUCGUCUCGCCCCUCUCACGCUGCUCACAAAAUUGUCGAGCAGAAGCUGCAGCUGACACCUUUUGCACCCCAACAAGUCGUGCAGCGUCGUAACGGCGGCGAUGGUCGUCACGAAUACGUUGAUCUUGGUGGAGGAAAGCAAGUGAUGGUAAAGGUGGUCCGGGGAGAAGGUGGCGUUGAGAAAGGAGAAUAUGUGGAUCCUUCAACGGGAAUGAAAUUCACGAUCCAAAUGCAUGGUGAUCCUUUUGUAACGGAGACAAAAACUACUGUCAAGAGCACUUCUCAAGUUCAAUCAGUGGAGCUUGAACCCCAUGCCGAGUUCGUAGGAAUCGACAAGAUCAGGGAUAAAAGAAACGGCCGUACCAUGUCAUUGGAAGAUGCGAAACGGAUAGGACUAGCUCGUGUUGAUAAAAAAGGCAAACAAAUGACGAAAACAUACUCAGUGUUCCGGUCAAACAUCCAAAACGCCCUCAACAAUGGUGUGCUUGAUGCUCAUAUGGAGAAGAUCAGUUUGGAGGAUGCUAUCCGAGCUGGAAUUAUUGACAUACGCGAGCUUAGCUACAGAAAUCCCAAGUCUGGCGAAUCUAUCCCGCUCACACAGGCCGCCAACAUGGGUCUAGUGGACGUCACGCUUGCUGAAACUUUGCCGAAAGGUGUCUGCAAUCCAACCAACAACGAAAGGAUCCCUAUCAAGAAAGCAAUUGAAAUGGGUAUCAUAGAUGCACGAACGGGUGAAGUCCGGGAUCCUCACACCCGAAAACGUCUUACUUGGUUGGAUAUCAUCAAGUCAGUCUACCAAGCGAUAACCAGCGAUGGAGUGUUUGAUCCCACCAAGGGACAGCGGGUUCCUGUGACGCAUGCCCUUAAUGAAGGCUUGAUAGAUCCAAAAUCCGGGAAGUACCACAACCCUAUCACAGAGGAAUAUAUUGAACUGAAAGAUGCAGUAGAUCGUGGCCUCAUAGAUAGCAGUACCUACGACGCCUUAACUAAGCCAUUCCUGGAGGAUUAUCGAACAAGGCGGCGCUUGAAUCUUGUCGAAGCUGUAGAAGCGAAACUCGUUGACCCAAAAAAUAAGACCAUUCAACUUUCCCGUCACAGCAUUGUUCCCAUCGCCAAAGCUGUAGAAGACGGCAGAAUCCCUAGCGAGAUCGGGGAGAAACUCAGGCAAAUCGACAAACUGAACUUCGCUGAAGCCCUUGGAAAAGGACUGAUCGACGUGACCUCGAACAUCUUCACGGACCAGGACACUGGACGUCAAAUGACGAUUGCCCAGGCUAUUGAGCAGGGUUAUAUUGAUACAGGAAAUGUGGAAGCUAUGGAAGGAUCGGAUGAAAAGAACCUGAGCAAUAUCAUCAAUUCUGAAGAAUUCGAUGAAAAUUCUGGUCGUAUCCGGGACAAACGAACUAGCUUGCACCUGACUUUCAAAGAUGCUGUGGAACGUGACGUGAUCGAUGGCGAUUCCUUGCUACACGACUUGGAAAGCGGUCAAACGCUAACCCUUAGAGAGGCCCUUGUACGACGAAAAAUCGAUAAUGAUGGCAAAUACAUUGCUGGGAACUUGAAGAUGACAUUGAAAGAUGCAGUGAAAGCAGGUCUCAUCGCUUUGAUAGCCUCACCCAUGCAGGCUGCUCAGGCAGUUGCUGAGGCGGUCAAGCGGCGAGAUGCUGAAGGCUACAAGUUCAAAAUCGAGAACUAUGGGGGCGACAGUCGAGGCAGCAGAACCAGCGUGCCUAAAUUCCGGGAGGAGACAGUGGUCCGGCUCACGCCACAAAAAGCUGAACCCUCCCUCACGGUGAGGAUGCGUCAUUCUCAGACGAACAUUGGAGAUCGUGCCAGGAGCAUCAUUGACGAUCCUUCGACCUUGGCCGAUUUACAGCACGAAUUCCUCUCAAAUCUGGAAGCUAGCCGUUUUGAUACUGAUGAGAAAAUCAUAACGAAUCCUUCUGGCGGUCAGAGGCUUUCUGUACGCGAAGCGGCUGAAACUGGUCUUCUUGACGUCCUCACUGGUGAAAUAGUUGUACCUGACACCGGCCGAAGGUAUUCCAUACCCAAGGCUGUUCAUUUGAACUAUGUACAAGGCGAGGCUGCAAAACGCUUGAUGGAAUCCCUGAAUAUGUCCAUCGAAGAACUCAAUCUUGCUCAACAACAGUCCACUCCCUCCCCAGGAGGAGGUGGGGAGGGUGGAUCGAGUGCAAGGACCUGGACAAAAACGGUUAAUUGGCACGGACAGCCGUCCGAGCUGAGGAAAUCACGAACGGAUCCCCUUGCUCCUUACACUACCUAUUCAUCGAGCGUAACGGAACGAGUACAGGAUGCUCCUUCCUGGGCUCGCUAA